AUGGAGGUUGUUCAAGCUCCCUUCUCUCUUCUGCAACUCCUGGUUUUCUGUCUUUUGGUGGCGAACACGUACACACAAGAAUUGGAGACCUGCAUCGAAGACGAGUUCCAGUGCGGAAACGGCCGAUGUAUUCCGGACAGUUUCGAGUGUGACGGCGAAGACGACUGUCGGGACAACUCGGACGAGGUCAACUGCACCGGAUGUAGGAGGGGCAAGUUCAUGUGCGAGGACGGAGGCUGUCUGCCAAGCAUCUUCCGUUGUGACGGAAUCGGCGACUGUGAUGACGACUCGGACGAAACCAACUGCCGGUUAGGCUUCUUGGACACGCUAGGUGGCGUUUCUGACCAGCUCACCACCACCACGCAGACCGUGCCCCGACCUUACCCCGUCACGCCCAUCCCUCCGAGCUCGAUACUGGAGCAGGGGCUCUUGCUGGCAGUGUGUACGGAGCAGGAGUUCACCUGUGCCGACGGGAGCAAGUGUGUGCCCCGCCUGUUCCUCUGCGACGGUGAGAAGGACUGCGCCGACAACAGCGACGAGCAGGACUGCGCUCCUAAGACGUGUAGUGAGGAUAAGUUCACCUGCAGUAGUGGGGACUGUAUCCCUAAGGCCUGGACUUGUGACCUGGAUGCAGACUGUGCUGACGGCUCGGACGAGACUGAGGAACUGUGUCAAGAGACAAACUGUACUGAGAAGGAAUACCAAUGUCAGAACUCCGCAAAGUGUAUCCACCUUACCUGGUUCUGUGAUGGCGACAAGGAUUGCCGGGAAGGCGAGGACGAAGCGGACUGUGACCAACAAGAGUUCAUGGCUUGCUCCGACGGCGAAUGGCGCUGUGAUGCAGGGAAGUGUAUUUCCGCUAUGUGGCGUUGUGACGGCGAGCAGGACUGUAUGGACGGUACCGAUGAAGAAUUCUGUCACAUCCGACUCCGUGCACAGAACCUCACAUCACUGGACAUCCCGACACCGAGCAAUCUAACACUGGGAGGCAAUGAUACUGUCAUCCCAGAGGUCGGACAGUUUGACAAGCCAGGGGUGUGUCCCCAGCUGGGCUUCCCUCUCCACCAAUCAAGUCCCACCUGUUCACGUGACGCGUGCGUGUCAGACUUCCACUGUCCGGGCGACCUGAAGUGCUGUGUGAACGGCUGUGGGGGCACCAUGUGCGUGGACCCCAGUCCUGAACCUACCACACUGUUUGAACAAGAGGCCGGUUGCGCCAACUACGACUGCGGUAUGCAGGGUGCGUACUGUUCGGGGAUAGUCGCCGGGUCGGCUCAGUGCUACUGUCGGCCACGGUCGGAGUGCGAGGCGAAAGACACUGUUUGCGACAAGUACGGCACCAUGUACCCCAGCAUGUGUCACUUUGAGGCCUUUGCAUGUGAGUGGGGCUUUCCCAUGGAACCCGCACCUUGUCAGGAUUACAAUGUACAGGGUACGUACGGCUAG